CGGAUAAUAACUGAACCUACGAAAGAAGCGAGAAAAAUCGAUAAAAUGGGCAACGGCAAUUCAGUUUCAAGUAAGCAGACAAAAGAUCGCAGGAAGUCCGGGGACUAUGAAAGCACAGAUGAAUCCAAGUCGAGACGUCCGCCCAAUGGAAACGUCCCCGGUGCUGGUGGCGCCAACGGCGGCGGUGUCUCAAACGAUCCGAAAACCGGUAAAAAAAUUCCGCGAGCCACCAACCCCUUCAUUAUUUUCUUUCUGAAACUUCGAAGUAAAAAGCCCCGAGAAGAUGUCACAGUGAUUGCUCGUGUCGCUGGUAAACUGUGGACCAAAAUGUCCUCCGACGAGAGAAAAAAAUACAUCGACCUGGCCAAUGCGGAAAAGAAAAGACGAGAGGAACGCAAACGAAAACGAAAAGCAAAUUUUCCCAGAGAUUGAAGCGUACCCGGAAGCGUCGAGGCGAGGAUCACCGUAGAAAUCAUUUAUCUGAAAUUCGUCGUCUUUCAUUGCAACUUUGACAAACAAUCUCUUUCGGAUAUGGAAGUUGUAAAAAUGGCUGG